AUUGUGGAUUUAUUGACCUUUAUCGGUAGAAAUGAACUGCAUUCAACUUAUCUCGUGGCUUCGAAUAUCUUUUAUAUACUUUAGGGAACCACAGUAUAAACCUGCAUAUUGCUUCACACCUGAUCUUUGUUUUUAAAAUUCGCCAAUUACCAGGUAAAUUAAAUCCUAAUCCCUUUGUUUACAUAUUUGCCAUCCGUCGGCCAAUGGGGAUGCAGGUAGGCGGUAGCAAUGCAGCAAGAUCGACGAAAACAAGAUCAUAAAACCCACUGACCGCCAUUCAUGAAGGUAGCACCCUAGAAUAACCCACCAAUGGCAAACUACCUGCAGAAAUGGUAUAAAACUGAGAUGACAUGACCUCUAUGACAGCAUUAGCAUCCGAAACUUUGACGAGAGCAGACCACGUCACACGUCACAUCGAAAAUUCGCCAUGGAACGGAGUCAUCUAUACUUGCCUACCCUGAGCUAUGCGGCCAUGGGUCACGUAUACGCCCCGUAUCACGGGAGCAGCUCACCCGCUCUAUCAGCAGUAUCGUCAACAUCAUCAUCGAAGCCGGAGCAAAUCGAGGAGCUGGUGUCCCAGCAGCUGCAUCAUCUCAAGAUGCACUACGCCGACGAGGAGCAACGCUAUGUGGACCAGAUGCUCCUGGAGAAUCCCAUUGUUGUGGAGCGCCGUGCACCGCCGCCGCUGAAAACGGAGAUCGCCAUGGAACGGGGAUCGGGUUCCGGAUCAGGUUCCUGCUCUGGAUCGGAGGUGAAGGAUGCCCAGCGCCAGAGGGCCGAGUCCUGCCGCAAGUCCCGCUACAACAACAAGAUCAAGAAGGCCAAGCUGCGCUUCCGGCACAAAUUCGUUAGCGGACAGCUGAAGAAGAGCGCCGUCAUGUUGGACACGAUGCGGGAUGUGAUAGCGCAGGCGGAGCGGCAGCUACUCGAGCGGGGAUUCCCCGCCGCCACCCUAGAGCGCAUGCGUGCCACCUUUGGCCUGGAAAUGGAGCAGUGAUAUUAUAUCAUUUAGUGUAGUUAUGUGUCGUAGGAACGGAUCCCUGACUAGUCCAGCAUUAGCCAUACCACUUUUUUUUUCUUGUUGACUAUAUCUAGUAUUUAUCUAAGCAUAUUAUUAAAUUUUUAAAUAAAAUUAAGCAACAUAU